AUGCGGUCCCUUUCUGCGGCCAUCGCGCUGCCCCUGGUGCUACUUGGUCAGCUCUCCCAGGCAGACACCGAGGUGAUCACCAGCACCGAAGUCUCCUGUACAACGGAGUCGGUCAAUUUGUUCAUCAAUCCCUCCUUUGAGACAGGCUCAACCAGUCCGUGGAAUAGGUUAACUGGUCCCGUCUCGGUCAUCAGCGACAACUCGGACGACGGGCAGUACGCGGCGCAGGUCAGCUGGGUGGGAGCCCAGAACUAUGCCAUGUCGCAGACGGUGACGGGGCUUCAAGUGGGCACGACCUAUACCUUCUCGUAUGACUACAGACUCGGCUCGUCGGCCAGGCCUCCGAUAUACACCACUUACCCUGUCGGCGACGUUUACAGCCACCUCGACUUCGCACACGUUUACCAUGUGGGGGUUCUGUAA